UCCUUCAUCCUUCGUCAGUCUCGACACGAUUGCACAACAAACGAGCCACUUCAAGCUUCCUAAACCACCAAUUUUGCACUCUGUUCUGUCAGUUGGCAAACAUAGUGAAGGAUAAAAGAGUCCAUCCUGUCAAAUGCAUGUUCAACCUAUGCUAAAGGCUCCCCCAGGAUGCCACUCAACAGUGGAAAGCAGCGGGGAAAGAGAUCAACGAAAUCAAGAGGCAUUGAUCACUUUCACGUCGAGAACAAGGAGAAGAGCAGAGGAGGCUGGCAGAAAGAAAAGGGGCGGAAUAGUGCCAGUGGUGUCUCCUCAAAGUUUGUACAAGCUCAAGAUGUAACUCUUCAAGCAUUCGCUGAUAAUGCCAGCUGCCGUGCUUUAAGCAAGAGGACCAGUAAAGCUGCUACAAUGUCUAUCCGUAAAGAAAUCAAACUCGUCGACAGCACUAGUGAAAUCUUGAAGAACACCUCGCAAGAUGAUGUGAUUGACGACUGGUUUGACAGAGAGUUCUCUGAUGAUGACGAGGUUGUCGAGCUAACUGAGAUGGUAGAGAAGGAAGACACAACAGAAAGGGUGCCAGUCGAGCAAGUUACAGGAGGUCACUCUUCAAGUGCCAACGCUUACCCAACGGUUAUCUGGUACCUUGUGUCCGCCUUUAUCUACCCUGAAGACAUCUCAACCUUUGCAUGUCUCUGCCGUGACACGUACGCCUUGACAAACACUGCAGGGUUCUGGAGAAAGCUGUAUUUCAGGUACUGGAGUCCCGAAGCAGCAAAGAGUCUCCCCAAGGAGCUUCACUACACCAGCAUCCAGCGAACGUUUGGUCUGCGCACCCUCGUUAUACGCUCUCUCCAGUUCAUCUACCCGCCUUUCGCCCACCGCAACACCGCGCGGAGAAACACCAACGAAGCGGUGGAGAACAUGUCGGGGCUCAUUUUCAUGUACCACGUCAGUCGACGCAAGGGCUCGAACUACGUCUACUACUUGAAGUUUCAGGAAACGAGUCGCACGUGUCAGAUUUCUGAUUGUGAGCGAGAGAUUUUUGUGAACCCUAAUCGUGAUCAAUGGAUCUUGAAAAUCAUGUGUAAGACUUGCCAUCGUUUGGAGCCCGAACGGAUCAUGGGGAAGGAGUUAGUGAACGCAUCGUUCAGCGUCAGCUACGGAAUGAUGUACAACAAGUUAAAGCUGGAAUUUCAGGAGCCGAUGGUGCGUCACACCAAGAGAGCCGACCGAACGAUCUUGAUUCUUGAUCCCGUGCUUUGCGCUCGCGUUUACCCCUGGUGGCAUCCGCUGUUCAACGAUAACUUCAGAUUGGAAUCGGAGAGCGGAGGUCAUUCAAAUGGGACGUUGAACAUGUGGAACGCUAACAAUUGACCUCCUGACCUAUGCCCUAUCACUAUGACCCACAGUUUACGAAACUUUGUAAACAAAAUAGUUAAUAGUCUGACAAUAGGAGCCUAGGCCAGCUUCCUCAAAAGCUGAAAAACAUAUGCUGAACAAUUUACUGUCAUUAAUGUUGGUAGCGCUUAGAGAUGCCCUUUGGGUGUGAAAAGCACUAUAUAAGAACUGGGCCCAAUUUCAUAGAGCUGCUUAAGCAAAAAA